GUUUCAUAUUCAAACAUCUCCGAAAUUUUCAAUUACUCGGAAGAAGACCUCAAACCAUACCGUAAUAAUUUCUUGAGUGAUGCUUCGAAACAAGUUGCCCAGCUACUUGAUACUGACCGAAGAACUGUAGAUGUGUUUAAGUUAGAACUCGGUGCCUCUGUCCGUAGUCUCCUAAGAAUUCCACCAGUUUGUUAUACUGUGAACCUGAUGAGAAACCAGACUAAGAGAAGCCACGAAUUUAUUCCUACGACAUACACUCUUUUCUUUCCUAAAAUCUAUUUGUAUGCAGAAGAUAUUAUUUACGGUCCUGAAUAUGCUGCCAUACAAGCUUCAGUUCAUUCUCCAUAUAGCUAUGCGAAUCCUUUCAUUGCAGGAUUUGAGUUGAAGAUUGGGAAGUUUUACACUUUCAGAGUGAAGCAGGUUGAAAAGAAUUUACUUCCAUGGCCAUAUAAGACGAAUUGUUUUAAUUAUUUGGAAAAGAUAAAGCAGAAUGGAAAGCCUGGACCAGCAAACCAGAAGGAAUGUGUAGAGAACUGCAAAGUGAACUUAAGUUUGAAAAUGCUUGGAUGCGUUUUAAGGUCUAUAUGGUAUCCCCAUAAUUACAGAAGAUGUGAGCCACGAAAUGAAAGAGAUUUGUUGUCUUAUUAUCAUAAAAACUGCUCGCAGCGAUGUCAACCUGCCUGUUC